AUGUUCACAUCCGAUGAUAUCGACAGACUUAUGAAGCAAAGAUUGUUUCGUAGUCUCAUCAGAAUUAGAGUCGGCAAAGGGAGGUCGGCGGAAAAACAUGCUAAGUUGCGUAGUCAUGACAACAAAAGAAUAAGUGCUGCCAAGUGGAGCCGUGUAAAUGCGUUAGGCAUUCGUUCACAUAUUUUCAAUCGCUGCCAGAAGCGGAAAAGAGACACGAAGUCUGAUAACCAUCACAGAAGUACAAUUGCCAAGUCAGAAGAUAGAGAAGCAUUAUUCGUCAACAGUUCGCUUCUUCGCGACAGCGUACACCCAGAUGACAUCAUGAAGGAACUUUUAACAAUUUCUCAAUCAUUGAAGUCGCCAAGGAAAGAUUUACUGGAUAUUGGAAGCCAAUUAUUAAGACCACGAUCCAUAUGGGCGGGCCGAUUGUUCUGGAACCAGUCAUCUGUCAUGGAAACACGUACAUGCGUCAUCAAUUGUCACGUGACCUCUACAAUACUGGAUGCCUGUAAACUACAGUCAUGGACGUGGCCAUCUCAAAUGCGAUUGUCCUUAUUUCCAAAAUCCAUUUUGAAUUACUUAUGGUGUAUGUUAUUCGAUGAAAUUAAAAUGCCCGUUUGUUGUGAGCUUUCUAAAGACGAUCGGCAGACAUUUGAAGCAUUGUCACGAGUCUUUAUCGACGAUUACGCUGGUUUAAUUUGCCAUUCCCCUGGUAAUGUGGAGCAGCUUGGCAGAUUUGUACUUUUCACGUCAAGCAAAGACCACGGUAAAUUGAUUGGUCUGGUACCACGGAACAACGACGAGUUUAUACGGCGAUUCAAGCAACUUGCGGAGUGUUACUUGUGGCAAGAGGAACAUCACGACAUAUUGGCAAUGAUAUUUUUGCACUACCUCUGGGUUGGUCCUCUUCAAACAAUUGCUGUAAUGGUGUUAUUAUGGAAAAACAUUGGACCAUCGUGUUUUGCAGGAUUUGGUGUGUUGUUGAUAAUGAUUCCAUGUCAGGCCUACAUGGGAAAGUUGUUCUCUCGACUCAGAGCUAAAACUGCUGUCCAGACAGAUGAGAGAGUACGACUAAUGAAUGAAAUACUUUCUGCCAUGAGGGUGAUAAAAAUGUACACAUGGGAAAAACCAUUUGCUGAACUUGUGCGUAAAGUAAGAGGGAAAGAAGUUCAAGUAGUACUCCACACUAAUUAUUUGCGGUCUUUAAAUAAUGCUCUAGUGUAUUUUAGCACACCUGUGAUGGUUUACUCAAUAAUCUUGCCAUGGUUACUCACUGGAAAUCAUCUGACACCAAGGAUUAUUUUUAUGUUGCUGCUUCUCUUGGUAACGCUCCGAAUGUCACUUGUCUUUCACUUUGCUGAGGGUGUCAAGUUCACUGCCGAGAUGUUGGUAUCAGUUAGACGCGUCCAGACAUUCCUGCUUCUGGGUGAGCUGCAUAAAACAGUAGAUAGUCAAGAUUCCAAUUUACGUCCAAAGCCAGCUGAUUGCACUAUAGUUGCCAAGGAAAUUGGAGCUUAUUGGGAUCAGAGUCUGGAGACACCAACCCUAAAAAACCUUAGUUUUGAAGUUAAACCAGGGGAACUGUUGGCUGUUAUUGGACCUGUUGCGUCAGGAAAGGAUUUAGAAAUGUUACCACAAGGAGACAUGACCAUGGUUGGAGAAAAGGGUGUGACCUUAAGCGGAGGUCAAAAAGCAAGGGUGAAUUUAGCAAGAGCUAUUUAUUCUGAUGCAGAUGUGUAUCUUCUUGAUGACCCUCUGAGUGCAGUUGAUGCUGCUGUUGGAAGACAUCUUUUUAACAAAUGCAUUAAAACUUAUUUGUCUUCUAAACCAUGCAUCUUAGUAACUCAUCAACUGCAGUACUUGCAGGCUGCUGAUAAAAUACUCAUCCUUAAAGAGGGUGAGAUGGCUGACAUUGGUACAUUCAAUGAAUUGUUGGACAAGGGUGUUGACUUUGCUAAAUUAUUGAAACGUGAUGAUGAUGAGGAGGAGAAAAAGAGGCCUCUUUCUAUCUCAUCAUCAUCAGAGUGUAGACUUGCAGUAUCUAAAUCUAAAUCUAAUUUGACUUCCUCCAAGAUGUCACUAUCUUCAUUGACCUCAGAUUUCAUGCCUGAAGAACCAGUAGCCAAGAUGCAAGAAGAGGAACGAAGAACAAGUACAAUAGGAUGGAGAAUUUAUGUGGAAUACUUCAAAGCUGGUGGUGGAGCUCUUGUAUUUGCUGUCUUACUUAUAAUCAACCUCUUCACACAGACUGUGUUUGUAAUGUCAGAUUGGUGGCUGUCAGUAUGGGCAAACACAGAAGAAAGCAACUAUGCAGCAGAAGAAGCAGCUUUUAACUCUUUAAACAGCACUAAUGAGACUGAUAUAUUUAUUUAUUCCAAUGAAGACAGAGAUAGGUACAUUUACAUAUACACAGCUUUGGUGCUUACAGUUGUCAUCAUGGGGUUGAUCAGAGCAUUCCUCUUCUACAGAGUGUGUGUUAUUGCCUCCAAAAAUUUACAUAACAGUAUGUUUUCAUCUAUCAUCAGAGCUCCCAUCCUUUUUUUUGACACAAACCCUGUGGGUCGUAUUUUGAAUAGAUUUUCCAGAGAUAUUGGAUUCAUGGAUGAUUUAUUACCUUGGUGUUUCUUUGACUUUGUCCAGUGUGCCUUGCUUUCUUUAGGCAUUGUAAUUGUUGCAGGUGUCAUUAAUCCAUGGGUGUUUAUACCAACAGUGCCAUUAGCUUUACUCUUUCUUUAUCUCAGACAUUAUUUCCUUUCAACAUCGAGAAAUAUCAAACGCCUAGAUGGAGUCACUCGUAGUCCUGUUUAUUCACAUCUGUCAGCAUCUCUACAAGGUCUGUGGACAAUUCGUGCCUUCAAAGCUGAGGAUAUUUUUAUAAGAGAGUUUAAUGCGCAUCAAGAUUUGCAUACAGAAGCAUGGUUUCUACAUCUGACUGGUAGUAGAUGGUUCUCUAUACGCCUUGAUUUGUUAUGUGCAUGCUUUGUUACAACAGUAUCGUUCUCUUCAGUAUUAGCAGCAGAAAAUUUAAAUGCCGGUUUAGUUGGUCUUUCUUUGGCAUAUGCAAUUACCUUGAUGGGUGUGUUUCAGUGGUGUGUCAGACAAAGCGCUGAGGUUGAAAAUCAGAUGACUGCGGUAGAGAGAGUCUAUGACUACACUCAACUUGCACCUGAAGCUGCACUGCAUAAUCACUGUAAACCUGAGCCAGAGUGGCCUAAACACGGCAUUAUUACCAUGGAAACUAUGUCAUUUAAAUAUUCUGAAGAUUCACCUACAGUAUUAAAAAAUAUUUACCUCUGUAUCCGAGCUAAAGAGAAGGUUGGUAUUGUAGGACGAACUGGUGCAGGUAAAAGUUCAUUAAUCUCGUCUAUAUAUCGACUGGCUGAACCUAGUGGUACUAUAAAGAUAGAUGGUGUGGAUAUCAGUUCACUAGGAUUACAUGAUUUAAGAUCUAAAGUGUCCAUUAUACCCCAGGAUCCUAUGUUGUUUACUGGGCCUCUACGAAAAAAUUUAGACCCAUUCACUGAACACUCAGAUGCUGAACUUUGGCAAUCACUUGAGCAGGUACAGUUAAAAUCAGCAGUAGAAGAUUUAGUUGGUGGUUUAGAAGCUGAACUAGCGGAUUCAGGGUCAAAUUUAAGUGUAGGGCAGAGACAGUUGGUGUGUCUUGCAAGAGCUAUACUUUUAAACAAUAGAAUUCUCAUUAUGGAUGAAGCUACAGCUAAUGUGGACCCUAGAACUGAUGCCUUGAUACAGGAGACAAUCCGUAACAGAUUUCAGCAUUGCACUGUACUGACAAUAGCGCAUCGACUGAAUACUGUCAUGGAUUCGGAUAGAAUAUUAGUAAUGAGUAACGGUAGAGUUGCAGAAUUUGAUGAACCACAUUUACUGCUACAAAAUCCCUUGGGGGAACUCUCACGGAUGGUUGAGCAAACUGGAAGAAGUGAAGCAGACCAACUUCACCAGGUUGCUGAAGAAGCUUAUAAUGUGCGUCAUCCUGUCAGUACACUCUGGAUAUCAGAUGCAAAGCGUUCAUUCCUCAGUUCGUAUAUACCAACAGAUGUUGAUAUUCUUGAGAUAGAAACUGUUUUAUAAUUAUCAAGCUUCUGCAAUAUCUGAAUGUGUUGCCUUCUUUACAUAUAUCCAAUAUUUUCAUGCCUUGUAUGGCCUUUUUGCAUAUUAAGCUAUGUACCCCGGUAUAUCUAUUACCACUAAAGGUUUAUCCACAUCUUAGCACUUCCUCCAUGAUACAUAACUUCAAAUGUAUGCAAAUAUGCGACGAUGCACAUUUCCAUUGUAAUUUACUUAAUAUAUAAACCACUGUCAACUUACAAAUACAAUCUAAUCUGAAUUGCAGUUUUCAAUGGUUUGAGGGAUUAAAUGUGAGAUUAAUUAUUUUUUGGCUCUCUGUACAACCAUGUUUUAUCAUGUGUACCGGUAUAUAUUGCAGGGAUUUUAGUCACACGGCAUAUAUUAAAUCUAGUUUUGAUAACAUUGUUCUCAUUACCACCAAUACUAUCUCCUGUCUCUUAUCCGUAUAAGUCUUGCUGUUUGAGUGUAGUUAAUGUACUCAAUUGCACUCAUUUAAAAAAUAAUGACAACCUUAUUUAUAUGGGAAGUGUGUGUCAUAUAAUGCAACCACCAACACUCACCAUGCACCAUGUUUACUCUAUUAGAAAUGCAUCUCCAAUAGAAGGGCAUAUUUACCAAAAUUUCAUUUGUGUACUGAAUCAUUAAAAUGUACUUAAAUUAACCAUAGACAUACCUCUGUAAUGUAUGUAAAUGUAUACUUAAAUAUGUAUAUACAUUAUUGCAUUUGAACAUCAGUGAACAUAAUAGUUGACUGUUGUCAUAAAAUAAACCUAUAUAAUUAUUUUCAAAUAUGUUAAUCAAGGCAUGUACGGGAAAUUAUAUAUAUGUAUUUGGUACAAAAUUAACAAAGAAAUUAUACAGAAAUAUGUAAAAAUUGGCUUGACAACAUAUGCGUGUUUAGUUUACAAUCUCCAUAUGGAUACAAGUGCAUGGUUUGCAAUCUCCAUACGAAUACAAGUGCAUGGUUUGCAAUCUCCAUACGAAUACAACUGUGUAGAUUAUGAUCUCCAUACGAAUGCAAGUGUGUGGUAUACAAUCUCCAUAACAAGUCAUAAACAAAAAUGUAAAGCUACAGGAAUUUAUGUGCCAUAAGUGUAGCAAACAGACUUACCGGUAAAAAUGUUUGACCAAAUAUUAUUCAAGCAAAAUGCAAAUGAUGACUAGUGGGUUGGUUGGUAUGCUCCACUGGCACUGGCAUUUGAUGUAAUGACCAUUAGAGCAAAAUACUAGUAUUUCAUUAACUCCUUUUUUACAUCAGUACAUUGUAUACUAAUAUUUUAAACAUAUAUUAAACUUUUAUUUUAUGUCAAUAA